AUGGUUUAUACUGAACACCAACGCACGGAAUUUCGAUGUGGAAAUGGUCGUUGUAUACCAUAUUCUUGGGUAUGUGAUGGUCAACGAGAUUGUAUAAAUGGUACUGAUGAACCAGCUGAUUGUCGUUCAUCAAAUCGAACAUGUCCAGCUGGUCUUUGGAAAUGUGAUAAUGGUCGAUGUAUUAGUCCACAACAGCGAUGUAAUGGUAUUGAUGAUUGCCGAGAUGGAAGCGAUGAAGAUGAACGGCAUAAUUGUGCUGAAAUGCCUUGUAGUUCAACACAAUUUCGUUGUCCAUCAGGCUUAAAAUAUAAUUCACGUUUAAGAUGUCUUGAUUUAUCAGCUGUUUGUAAUCGAGUUGCAAAUUGUAUGCGUGGAGAAGAUGAAGCUAAUUGUACAAGACGUAAUUGUUCAUCAUAUCAAUUUCAAUGUAAUAAUGGUCUUUGUGUACCACUUUCGUAUGUUUGUGAUCAUGACAAUGAUUGUGGAGAUGGAUCAGAUGAACCUGCUUCAUGUGCGUCACAAUAUCGAAAUUGUACUAAUACAGAAUAUCGAUGUGAAAAUGGACGAUGUGUAUCAAAAUCAUCGACAUGUAAUGGAUAUAAUGAUUGUCAUGAUAAUUCAGAUGAAAAACCAUCAUUAUGUCAAGCAGAACAAUGUCCAUCUGGACAAUUUCAAUGUCAAAAUAAAGAAUGUAUACCAUAUGAAGUUGUUUGUAAUGGUGUAAGAAAUUGUACUGAUGGAAGUGAUGAACCAGCUAGUUGUGGUGUUAAUGAAUGUGCUUCAUCAAUUUUAAGUGGUUGUGAACAUGGCUGUGUUAAUACAUUAACUUCUUUUCGAUGUAUAUGUCGAACGGGUUAUAAAUUAGCACCAAAUCAAAAAAAUUGCUGGGAUAUCAACGAAUGUGUUGAAACUCCAAGUGUUUGUCAACAAUUUUGCGAAAAUAUACCAGGCACUUAUAUAUGCAAAUGUGCACCUGAUUAUGAAAAAGGUCUUGAUGGACGUAGUUGUAAUCGAUUAAAUCGAACCAUUGUUCCAUAUGUAUAUUAUACAAAUAGAUAUUAUGUUCGUGCUAUUGGUCUUGAUGAACAAAAUGAAUUAACUGUUUCACGUGGUUUUAUGGAGUUAUCAAGUAUAACAUAUGAUUGGAAAGAUCAAAAAUUAUAUAUAGGUGAUCGAGUGGCUGGUAAAAUUUAUCGAAUGAAUUUUAAUGGAACACAAUCAACAGUUAUAAUAGAAGAUAAUCAAAUACGUUAUCUACGAGCAUUAGCUAUCGAUUGGAUUGGACGAAAAUUAUAUCAAUUAUUGAGUACACCAGAAAUUCGUGUUAGUGAAUUAGAUGGUCGCUAUGGUAUAACAUUACUUGAUUCAAGAUAUUUAUCACAACCAAAUUAUCUUGCUAUUGAUCCAUUAGUUGGUUAUUUAUUUUAUUCAGAUUGGGGACAAGCACAUAUUGGAAGAAUUAAUUUAGAUGGAAAUAAUUUUGUUAAAAUUAUUGGUACAGAUGUAGCUGGACCAUUAGGUUUAACAAUUGAUAUUAUUACUCAAAGAGUAUUUUGGAUCGACAGACGUUUACAAAGAUUAGAAUUCAGUAAUUAUAAUGGUGGCGAACGUAAAAUAGCAUUUUCUGGUCAUGAUUAUGUUCCAUAUUCACUCAGUGUUAGUUUUAUUGAUGGUUAUGUUAUAUGGUCUGAUUUUACAAAUCAUUCAUUAAUUCGUGCUGAUGCAUUGAAUGGUUCAAAUAAACGUGUACUUCUACCGAAUACAAUAAAUGAAGUUGUAGCUCUUACUAUUGUUCAUCCAUCAUUACAACCGCAAAUUCCUAAUCCAUGUGGAAUAAACAAUGGUGGUUGUUCACAUUUAUGUUUAUUAUCAGUAAAUCAAUCAUAUACAUGCGCAUGUCCUGAACAUUUUUCAUUUAUUAAUAAUGGAAAUAAUCGAACAUGUGUAUCAAAUUGUAGUUGUAAUCAACAUCGCUGUGGUCCACCGAAUGAACGAUGUAUACCAUGGCCAGCAAAAUGUAAUGGAGUUAAUGAUUGUGAAGAUGGAUCUGAUGAACCUAGUACAUGUCCACAACGACAAUGUUCACCAACACAAUUUCAAUGUCGAAAUCAAAAUUGUACACCUAUUUCAUAUGUUUGUAAUGGAAUGGAUAAUUGUGGUGAUAAUUCAGAUGAAGAAAAUUGUGAAUGUCGUUGUAUGCCAGGCACAUUCCGUUGUAAUUCUGGUUCAUGUUUACCAAUGAGAUUUCGUUGUGAUGGUUAUCGACAAUGUUCUGAUGGUAGUGAUGAAUUAAAUUGUAGUAAUCGUACAUGUACUCAUUAUCAAUUUACAUGUACUAAUGGACGAUGUAUACCAGAAUCAUACGAAUGUGAUUUAGAUAAUGAUUGUGGUGAUAAUAGUGAUGAAAAUGCAUAUUUUUGUCGUAAUCGACCUUGUCGUGAAGAUCAAGUUCGUUGUCCAAAUUCGUAUAAAUGUAUUUCACAAACAGCACGUUGUGAUGGAUACAAUGAUUGUCGUGAUAAUAGUGAUGAAAAUCCAAAUCAAUGUCCACCAUGUCAUGAUGCAAAUCAUUUUCGAUGUAAUAAUGGACAAUGUAUUCCAAGAAGUUUUCAAUGUAAUCAUCGAAAUGAUUGCCGUGAUGGAUCAGAUGAAAAUCCAGCAAUAUGUAUCGAUACUUAUCGUCAAUGCAGUGAAGAUGAAUUUCGAUGUUCGAAUGGUCGAUGUAUUCCACAACGAUGGGUGUGCAAUCAUGAUAAUGAUUGUGGUGAAGGUGAUACAUCGGAUGAAGCUGUUGAUUGUCCUUCUGAACCAUGUCAGAAUGGAUACUUUAAAUGUGCAUCUGGCCAUUGCGUAAGGAAUACAAGUCGCUGCGAUGGUUAUCUUCAAUGUCGGGAUGGUUCGGACGAAAUGGGUUGUUCAACACCUUGUCCAGCACACCGUUUUACUUGUAACAAUACUCUUUGUAUCAAUAAGAACUGGGUUUGUGAUGGAGAUAAUGAUUGUCUUGAUAAUAGAUGUACAAAUGGUCGAUGCAUCUAUCGAUGGCGUAUGUGUGAUCAUAUAGAUAAUUGUGGAGAUGGUAGUGAUGAAGAUAUUCAUGGUGUAUGUCAACCAAAUCGGCCAGUAACAUGUCCAGAAUUUAAUUGUACACAUACAAAUCGUUGUAUACGAUAUUCAGAUUUAUGUGAUGAAAUCGAUGAUUGUGGUGAUGAAUCCGAUGAAUUAUCAUGUAAUGAUACAAUGACAUGUAAUAGUACAAAUAAUUGUGAUCAAAGAUGUCACGAUUUACCAAAUGGACGAGGAAUUGUUUGUUCAUGUAAUACAGGUUAUAAAUUGAAUAAAGAAUCAUUUAAAUGUGAAGAUAUAAAUGAAUGUGAAAAUGUUACAUUAAACUAUUGUUCACAAAAAUGUCUCAAUACUAAAGGUGGUUUUCGAUGUGGAUGUGCAGCUGGUUUUGAACCCAGUGCUGUUAAUAGAUCAGAUUGUCAUCCAGCAGAACAAACAAUUGAUCUUCUCAUAUCUGAACCCGAUGAAAUUCGUCGUCUUCGUCGAAAUACUAUAGAAAAUGUAUCCCAUUAUGGUGUACUUAUUGAAGAUCAACAUGCUGUUAGUUUUAUUUCUAUUGAUACAAAUAAUCGUAUAUUCUAUUGGAUUGAUGACUCUACAUCAGAAAUUUAUCGUGCACAUCUUACACCGAAUGCAAUAUCCACAGCAUAUCCUCAAGCACUUCUACCAGAAGAUGCGAAUCAAUUAAUAAAUCCAAGUAGUAUUGCUAUUGAUUGGAUAGGUCAAAAUCUUUAUGUUACUGAUAUUAUUCAUGGUUGUAUAUGGCUUUUAAAAAAUGAUGGACGUUAUGCAACUAAAGUAAUAACAGAUAUUGAAUCACCAUGGGUUGUUGCUGUUAAUCCAAUACUCGGAAUACUUUAUUUUAUUAAUUAUGAACAUGGACCUAUGGAUAAUUCAGAUGAACGUAUUGUUGCUAUUGAAUCAGCUUAUAUGAAUGGUGAAAACCGUACAAUAUUAGUUGACACGGAUAUAGAAUAUCCAACGGACUUAGUUAUUGAUUUUUAUCAAAAUUAUCGUGUUUAUUGGACAGAUGAAAAAAAAGAAUCAAUUGAAUCAAUGAAUUAUGAUGGAACAGAUCGUCUUGUUAUAGCACAUAUUGGAGUACAUGCACCACAUUCAUUAGAUGUAUUUGCAAGUCAUAUAUAUUGGAUUAAUCGAAAUAAUCGUUCAUUGUACAUGAUUGAAAAAUUUGGACGUGGAGUAUCAACACUUGUUAUUGAUAAAUUAGAAUUACCUUUAUUCGCACGAAUUUAUCAUCCAUUGAAACAACUUCAAUCAGUAUCAAAUCCAUGUGCAUCAGCUAAUUGUUCGCAUUUAUGUGUUUUGAAAUCAUCAAAUCAAUAUCAAUGUUUAUGUCCAUUUAAUAAAACAAUUCAAGAAGAUAGUCGAACAUGUAAUGCACCAUUUGUUACUGAACCUGUAGGUCCUUUACAAUGUAAUUGUGUAUAUGGUAAAUGUGUUUAUCAUGUUGAUGAAAAUGCUGAUCAUCGAAUAAAUGGGUGUCUUUGUUUCAAAGGUUAUCAUGGUGAAUAUUGUGAUAUAAACUAUCCUCCACCUCCUCCACCUCCUCCACAGUGGUUAAAAAUUGUUAUUAUUGCAUUAGUUAGUUUAUUAUUAAUUGGUAUUCUUACGUUUGGUUUGAGUCAAUUGAAACGUAAAGGAAAAUUACCAUCGAUUGCAACUUCACCAUUACCAUCGCGUGUUCGAACAGCAAUGAACAAUGUGCGUAAUUUUAUUACACGUUCAACCGAUAAUAUAAAUACAGUUUUCUUUCCAAAUGCUCAAUCUACUGCAGUACGAGAUCUGUCAAUAAUUGUAAAAAAAAAUAUAGAUUUUUGUUUUGUCAUUUUUAAGGAACCAGCAGUAGUAUUUCCAAAUCCAAUGUAUGCUGCAACAUUAACAGCAUCUAAUCAACCAGCUCAAUUGACGACAUCAUCUGACGAACCUGCUAAAUUAAAUGUUAAAGUUCGGUCAGCUCCAUCAAAGCCAAGUCGUACUCCUGCAUCUCCUCUUCGUCAACAAGUACAUUUUGAUCCCCAAAGCAAAGAUACUGAUCACGAUAAAGCUAAUUUAGUUGUACGAAGUAGUGGCGGCGAUGCAUAA